AUGGCAUCCACGUUGCGAACUUCUUCAAUUGCAGUCUUGUCUUCCCGACAUCACUCUUCCCCUUCCACUCAUUCUCUCUCCCUAACCAAAGGGCAAGUAUCUGUGAGUAAGUUUUGGGGUGGAAUUGGAUUUCAUGAAGUUAAAGGAAAGUCUCAGUUUUCAGUUUUGAGUGUUGCCACUGAUAUUAACUCUCCUCAACAGAUUCAGAGGAUUGUUUCUAAAGAAAACCAAAGGCCGGUGUACCCGUUUUCCGCCAUAGUUGGACAGGAUGAGAUGAAGCUUUGCCUUCUUCUCAAUGUGAUUGAUCCAAAGAUUGGAGGUGUAAUGAUCAUGGGCGAUAGGGGAACCGGGAAAUCUACAACUGUUAGGUCAUUAGUCGAUUUGCUUCCUGAAAUCAAGGUUGUUGCUGGCGAUCCAUAUAAUUCAGAUCCAGAAGAUCCAGAAUUCAUGAGUAUUGAAGUAAGAGAGCGCGUGUUGAAAGGAGAGCAGCUUGAAGUUAUAUUGUCUAAAAUUAACAUGGUGGAUUUACCGUUGGGAGCUACAGAAGACCGAGUUUGUGGAACAAUUGAUAUUGAAAAAGCACUGACCGAGGGUGUGAAGGCGUUCGAGCCUGGUUUACUGGCGAAAGCUAAUAGGGGAAUUCUUUAUGUGGAUGAAGUUAAUCUCUUGGAUGAUCACUUAGUUGAUGUUUUAUUGGAUUCUGCUGCAUCAGGUUGGAACACAGUGGAGAGAGAAGGUAUUUCAAUUGCGCAUCCUGCUCGGUUCAUCUUAAUUGGUUCGGGAAAUCCUGAAGAAGGGGAGCUCAGGCCACAGCUAUUGGAUAGAUUUGGAAUGCAUGCUCAAGUGGGGACUGUGAGGGAGGCUGAGCUAAGGGUGAAGAUUGUGGAGGAGAGAGGUCGUUUUGACAAAAAUCCGAAGGAGUUUCGAGAUUCUUAUGAAGCUGAGCAGGAAAAGCUGCAGCAACAAAUUACCUCAGCAAGGAGUUUUCUUGCUUCUGUUCAAAUAGACUAUGAACUCAAGGUGAAAAUCUCUCAGGUUUGUGCAGAUUUGAAUGUGGAUGGAUUAAGAGGAGAUAUUGUAACGAAUAGAGCGGCAAAAGCUCUUUCUGCACUCAAGGGAAGAGACAGAGUAAGUGCAGAGGAUAUCGCUAUUGUCAUUCCUAAUUGCUUGAGACACCGUCUUCGAAAGGAUCCGUUGGAGUCCAUAGACUCGGGUUUACUUGUCAUUGAGAAAUUUUAUGAGGUAUUCAGAUGA